AUGGCUUUGGAAGAGAUUUGUGGCUUCAAAGACACUCCAGUGCAUCACAAGUGGUUUCCUGCCUUUCAUUUCGAAGAUACAGCCACAUCUUUACAUAUGACUGACUAUUACAACCUUGGAUUGAGGACACUAAAGACAUCCAGGAGAAACAGUGGGAUCCCACUGCAUUUCUUCAUACCAACUUUGCCAAACCCUGCCCCUGCCAACCACAGAUCUUUAUUCCCAUAUUCUCCAGCCAACCAUUCAGUGACGGUCCGCAGGCCUUUCCCUCUGUCCCAUGGAACAACGACCUUGGGUUUCAUCUUCCAAGGUGGGGUCAUUGCAGCUGCAGACACACGUGCCAGUGCUGGGGGGCUUGUUGCCUGUCCAGAGGUUCAUAAGAUCACCCCCAUUCACUCCCAUUUAGUGGUCACCUCCUCUGGUAGCGGUGCAGACUGCAUGCUGUGGGAGCGAAUUCUGACCCGAGAGAUCAGACUCUACCAACUGCGGCACAGACGUUGCCUUUCAAUACGUGGCACUGCAAAGCUCCUCUCCUUUAUGCUGCACCCCUUCAAAGGGACUGACGUGUGUGUGGCUCUUACACUGUGUGGCUGGGAUAAGGAUGCAGGUAACACUGACUGUACAAAGAGUGGCCCGAAGCUGAUAUAUGUGUGCAGCGAUGGGGCCCGAUUGCAGGGGGACAUCUUUUCUGUGGGCUCAGGCUCUCCCUAUGCAUAUGGAGUCCUGGAUAGAGACCUGAGGUGGAGCCUGAGUAAAGAAGAAGCCAUCUCCUUGGCAAGAGAAGCAGUGUUCAGAGCCACUCACAGGGACGCCUACUCAGGAAACAAUGUGGACCUCUUCCAUAUCACAGCGCAGGGAUGGAGUCAAAGAAAGAGAGAAAACCUGAAAGAGGAAUAUUAUAGAGACAUGGAGAGGAAGGCAAAGAUAGUGGAGGGAUAA